AGAGGACCACCAAGAGGGGCACAAUGUUGUAGAGUGGUGAAGCUGCUUCUGAGCUACUCCUGAGAUCUGAUUCAGAGGGACAGGCAAUACCAAGGCAAGGAGCUGAAAAUGGCUUACCUGCUUAUGUUUGUGACCCUGCUGCAUCUCAUCACACUGGCAAUGUUGUUCAUUGCAACCAUGGAGAAGUCGUGGUGGGUGUGGGAUGGCAUGGAGAACUCAGACCUAUGGUACAACUGUAGGUUUGACAACUUCACAGGAACCUGGCUGUGUGCAUCCUCCAAAGAAACUGAGUGGCUUCAGGCAGUGCAGGUCCUGAUGGUUCUCUCAGUGGUCUUCUCCUCCGUCUCCUUCUUGGUGUUCCUGGGUCAGCUCUUCACCAUGUCUAAGGGUGGACUCUUCUACUUCACAGGGCUGUGUCAGGUCUUUGCAGGGUUGACUGCCUUGUCUGCAGCUCUCAUCUACUCAUUACACAAUAAGGAAAUCCUUCAGGACUCCAGAGAACUGACAUCUGGACACUUUGGAUACUGCUUCAUCCUGGCCUGGGUGUGUGUUCCCUUGUUACUGUGUAGUGGGGUCAUAUACAUCCACUUGCGUAAGAAAGAGUGACCAGGAAAAGGAAAACAAUGUCAACAUCUAUGUUUGUUUGUUUUUGAGAAAAAAAUAAUAAAUUGACUUAACAUUUGCAGGAGUCACAGAGUCAAUGCCUUUUUUUGCUCAGGCUUUGGUUAAUGUAAUAAUGUUUUUAAUAGGCUUGCAUGUAUAUUGGUUUCACUUUAGCAAACAUUGAAUCCUUAAUAUCAAUCCAAUAUACAAUGCUCACCUGCUUUUCAAAGACAUGUUUACUAUAGGAUUGUCCACUGUGUCUUACAGAAGGAAAAUACCAAAGCAGUGUUAUGUCAUUUUUAAUUAGUGUUUUAGGCCUUAUGAGGCAUCCGAAUUGCUCUUAAUUUCCCUAGAGCAAACUGGAAAUAUGUAUCUUAUAUUUUUGUACCUAAAGUUGAUAUGUAGAAUAUAUUUAGUAGCUGCUUUAAAUAAAUAUCAAACAAAGAAACAGAAUGUGUGCAAGCCUGUUGUUGUUCCAACAUAUAUUGUGAGGAAACCCUCAUUUGCUUUCAUUUUUGAUGAUAAUAAAUAGUA